AUGCAUGUCAAGAUUGGGAAAGAGAAAGGAAGAGAUAUAGAGCUGGAAGAUCUAUUAAGGACAGAUCCAAUGAAGGGCUUGACGACAGAACAAGCCUCACAAAGGUUACGAACCUUUGGACCCAAUGAAUUAGUGGAAGUCAAGGAUAGCAAGAUCCUAAAAUUCUUGAGCUAUUUUUCAGGUCCUAUUGCCUUCUUGAUUGAACUAGCAUGUAUAAUCUCUGUGAUCGUCAAGGAUUGGCUCAACUUUGCUAUUAUUUUGGGUCUAUUGUUUACUAAUGCAAUUAUUGGAUAUGUGGAAGAAGCACGCGCUGAAUCCGCCGUUGAUGCUCUUAGACAGACAUUGGCCUUGAAGACUCGAUGCUGGAGAGAUGGAAGCUUACAGGAACUGGAUGCCUCUGUAUUGGUUCCAGGAGAUGUGAUCGUGCUUCGUCUUGGUGAUAUUGUCCCAGCAGAUGCACGGUUAUUGGGCAUCGGUGCAUCCGGUGUAGAGCCUGGAAGCGACCUCUUGAUUGAUCAAUCAUCCCUGACAGGAGAAGCUUUGCCCUCGCAUAAGAAAAAAGGAGAUGAGGUCUAUUCAUCCACAAUUGUCAAACAAGGGCAACAAAUGGCUAUUGUCACCAAGACUGGAAGUAAGACAUAUAUUGGAGUCGCAGCACACUUGACGGCCAACACUAAGGACGAAAGCCAUUUUCAAAAAGUCAUUGGCAGGAUUGGCAACUUUUUGAUCUUGUUUACAUUCAUCCUUGUUGUCUUGAUCAUCAUCUUUCAAUUCAUCACAUUCCGCAAUGACCCUGUUCGCGGCCAGGUUCUCAAAAUCCUAGGCCCUGUCUUGAUCUUGGCAGUUGCCGCCAUCCCUGUAGGGCUACCUACAGUAUGUGCAGUCACCAUGGCAGUGGGCGCACGAGGAUUGGCAUCAAAAAAGGUCAUCGUCAAGAGAUUAGCCGCUGUUGAAGAGAUGUCAGCACUCUCGAUCCUUUGCUCAGACAAAACAGGGACCUUGACCAUGAAUGAGCUGACGUUUGACGAGCCUUAUCUUUGCGAUGGCUACUCUGCUGAGGAUCUCCUGCUCUAUUCAUAUUUGGCUUCAGAAUUUGGAGCAAGAGAUCCAAUUGAACUCGCAGUUCGGUCUGCAGCAGAACACCAGGUGUCCUUGCUCAGGAACCGUCCUGUGUCACAAACAAACAAAGUUCCAGGCUUUGAUAUCAAUGAGUUCUUGCCGUUUAACCCGGUUGUCAAAUAUACACAGGCAACAGUGACGAACACUACGAAUGACACAACUUUCUUGGUGGCCAAAGGUGCACCCCAGGUGAUCAUCAGGAUGGUUGGGGGCGAUGACGCUGCAGUGAGGGCAUAUGUUUCAAUGGCAAAGAGAGGCCUUCGUGCUCUGGGUGUAGCCCGUACAGUGGCAGGGACACGGGAUAAAUGGCAACUUGUUGGCCUGAUCAGCUUGUUGGAUCCACCACGACCAGAUUCUGCAGAGACAAUUGAACGGUGUCAAAGGAUGGGCAUCGCUGUCAAGAUGGUGACUGGGGAUCAACAGAUCAUUGCCAAAGAAGUCUCUCGACGACUAGGGCUCGGGCAGGUCAUUUUGGACGCUAGCCACAUCAGCAAUCCAGACGCAACAGAGCAUGAUCAAUCAGAGCAGGUUUACAAGGCAGACGGGUUUGCGGAAGUGAUACCAGAGCAUAAAUACAGGAUCGUGGAAAUCUUACAGAAGCGAGGAUUGCUAGUUGGCAUGACAGGCGAUGGUGUCAAUGAUGCACCAGCGCUCAAGAGAGCUAAUGUUGGUAUUGCAGUGCAAGGAUGCACAGAUGCGGCCCGAUCUGCAGCUGAUAUUGUUUUGAUGGCUCCAGGGCUGGCAACCAUUGUCGAGGGUAUCUUGGCAUCCAGGGCGAUUUUCCAACGCAUACAAUCGUAUGCACUCUACAGAAUCACCUCGACUGUCCAUUUUUUGAUUUUCUUCUUUGUGGUUGUCCUGGCAUAUGAUUGGACCUUGCCUGCAAAUCUCUUGAUUUUGAUUUGUAUCCUCAACGAUGCUGCGACUCUAGUUAUCGCUGUUGAUAAUGCUCAGGUAUCGGUUAAGCCUGAUAAAUGGCGUGUGGGUCGACUGAUUUUCAUGUCCUGUUUUUUGGGUCUCCUUUUGACAGCACUGUCGUUUGGUCAUUUCUAUUAUUUCUGGAACACGUUUAAUUAUUUCCCACAUCCAGAGGCAGAUGGUGAAGGAGUGGAUCGUCGAUUGGAUUCGAUCAUGUAUCUCCAUAUCUCAUCUGCACCUCACUUCUUGAUCUUUUCUACACGGCUGCCAGGGUAUUUUUGGGAAAACAUGCCAUCCAUGGUGUUUUUGGUAGUGAUCAUUGGGACUCAGGCCAUAGCGCUGUUGAUGGUGAUCUUUGGAUGGCUCACGCCUGCAGUCCCUGUGCUCCAAGCAUUAGCAGUCUUUGGAAUCUCGCUUGUCUCCUGUUUAGUCUUGGACGUGAUCAAGGUCCAAAUCUUCAAGUAUUGGCCCGUGAUGUCAGAGUCAUUAGCUUGUGCACCAUUUGGGUCUCGGAGACAUUUGUUGAAGAAGAGGAAGCAGAGGGCAAUUCAACAAAAACGGGUAUGGCAGAACAUUGAGCAUGUUUAUCGGUUAGGACUGAAGACUCAAGUCAUUGUAGCUCUCCAGAAUGCUGAUGGAAAGAUCCCCCCGCCGUUAACAGCAUAUGAUGAUGGGUGGGGAAGAAAUAGUGUUGAUUCCAUGUAG